UUUAACUGCACUCGUCAGCAGCCAAAGGAAUGGCGGACGGUGACUGCGGCCCAGUCAGCACGAGGUCCUACUGCAUGUCUGGAUUCUCCGACGCUCUAGACUGGCGGCCAUUGUUGUUUCAAGAGGCGGUCAUCGCGCAGAGCGCGUGUUCCUUGUGCGGAGUGGUCUCCAGGAAGGCAGUGAAGCUGUCCUGCGCUCAUGCGUUCUGCUCGGACUGCCACGAGGACUGUGUCGAACAAGGGAGCACUUGUCCGCUCGACCGAGAGUCCUUCAGCGAGGAUGACCUCAUCCAACUCGAUGUCUCCGACGGCUACCUCGGGAAGCGCAGGGUGGCGUGCUGGAACGUCUUCAGCGGCUGCAGCUUUGUGGGCCCUGUCGCCGGUCUUCUGGACCACUACAAGGAGUGCAAGUUCCACGUAGUCUCCUGCCCUAGGUGCAGCUCUUCCGUGCUUAGGAGCGAGAUUGCGGGCCACUGCAGAAAUGACUGCAGAGUCCCUCUCGCUAAAGAAGCGCCAACUUGCAGUCGUGCCCUGCUAGACUACGACCACAUAGAGAAAGCGAGCGACGACCUGAAACAAGCCAUGCUCAAGACGUCCGAAGACCUGAUGUUUCUGCAGACCAGCCUCAACCAGUGCUGCGAGAGUGUCCGAGAAGGCGAAAGAAGGUCCACGGAAAGACUCGAAGCGCAAUCGUCGGUGCUUGCAGAACAGAUCGCAGGACUUGCCGCGCUCUGCAGGACAGGUUUCACGCAAGAUCGCAGCGUCCUUGACCGGGUCGCGGUGGAUAUCAGGAACGCCAUGGAGGCUGCUAGUGUAGACAGCAAGCUGCACUUCACUCAAGAACUGUGCUCGCAGAGUGAGAGGCUGGUGGCCAUCACCGAACAGUUGUUCAAAAGCGUGCGUGUUUGCUGCGGACCCGAGGCACUUCACUGGUACCUGGAGGGUUGGGCGGCCCUGAAGCUGCGUGCGUUCAAAAGCCCGCAGAAGGCUCAGAGCCCCCCGCAGUACACGAGCGGCUACAGGGUGUCCCAGCUAAUCCAGCUUCACAAGGAAGGCGGGCGCUUGCGGUUCGGCUGCUUCUUGGAGAUCCAUCCUGGCGAGAACGACGCCAGGCUAGAAUGGCCUUUCGGCAAGACGUUCACGCUCGGCGUCCUUCAUCCUACGGACAGGAGGAAAGUAAUAUCGUGCGAGGAAGACGCCAGCCUGUCUGAAAACAAAUUGCCUUUUCAGAGACCCAAGGAUAAACACAACCGGGGCUACGGAAAUAGCUUUCUUACUACCGCAGAUGAGAUCGAGAGAGGCGGCUUUGUCCGAGACGACACGCUGCAUUUGUUUUUGAGAUUAGAGCCGUAGUCCGUCUGCGCAUCGGAUCCCUUAAGGUCAGCCGAGUCGUUCUCAACAGCCUGCAUUUUUUUUUUUUACUUCUUUUCCCGGAUAUGACGGGGAAAUCGUGGCUGCUGUUUCCGCGCAAAGUGUUGAAGUUUUCUCGGGGAUCGACAGAGCGCCGUUGUAAGCUGCUGAGCAUGCUCUACGAAUUAAAGUUUUCGAGAGGUGCGAACAGAAAGAGAAUGGCAGUAGUAGUCUUCCUUGCUGAAGGUUCCCAAGAGGCGCGUCAGUUAGCGUGACUUAGAAAGUGUUUUCUAACGAAUUGCAGAAAUGCUUCUUCCUGGCUUGCAGGUAGACACCGUUUUUUAAGCAGUGGUGUGCUACUUUGAUCAGCUUGGGAGCCUUUUCUGAAGGUCGUUAACAACAAUGCGCAUAUAUUCUAUCUUUCUUGGCGUAAUCGCCACUUGCAUUUUAUCUGAAAGCUUUUAAAGCAGUUUUUUUUUCAGUAACCCGAUAAUUACGUUUAUUUACACAACGACUGGUAUCUGUCAAUGAAUAGCAAUCUCGAGUUCCACCAUAUUGUAUUUCAAGCAAAAAAUAAAAAGAUUUGCAACGUG